UACAUUUCCUUGCGAAAUAUGGGGUGGUUUUAUAUGUGCAAACAGAAUACUAGCAGAAAAUUUCACUGAUGUUAACAUCACAGUACAGGCAAAGAAUUAUGACGUGUCUGAAUGGAGUACGGUAACAAGUGUGUUUGUGCCACAAGAAAACGGUUUGAGUUUUUUUAUAUUCACAAUAACACAGAAAACUUGUGUGUGCUUGUAGUAAUUUUUGCCCCCGGACAUUUGCAAGUUCAAUUAAGUCAACCAAACGAAAUGAUUAUUUCGUGGAAACACCCGGUAUACACAAACGGAAAAAUAAAAGCGUUUGAAAUUGUGGUAGAUGAUGGUGAAGAAGAAACACGUUUUAUAGAGGAGAUUUCAAGCGAAAAUUUAAGUUACAACAAAACUAUUAGAAUAGAAUAUGAGAAAAGAUAUAACAUUUCUGUAUGGGGACAAAAUGUAGGCACUAGGGGCAGAAAGGCAACUAUUUACGCAAUAUUUUCUAAACCUGUUCCUGAAUUUUCGACCAUUCCUUUCUUAACAACGUGUGGACGAACUUGUUCCUUAGUACCACCCACGGCAAAGUCGCAAAAAAUAAAAAAAAUCACGGUCAUAAUAACAAAAAACAAUGAAGACCAAGUUUUUUGUUCAGAAAAUGUCACAUUCUGUGACACAGGUCUUCAAAUGCAAGAUAUUUGGAAACAAAAGUACUAUUUAAAAAUAGAUAACGCAACAUUUCCAAUUGAGUUUACUGCAGUGGAUGUUGAUAUUAAAAAAACAGAGUUAUUCUACGUGGUAAUUGCCUUGUGUGCAGUUUUAAUGAUUAUAGUCGGAUUUCCAUCUUACCUUGUGUUUAAAAGACGGAAACAAAUUUUCAGAAAACAUAGUAACACAAAUAGUGAAAAUACUGCUAUGUUAGAGUUUGAAGAAAAAAAGAAUUCAGCAGAAUACAACAAUUCGCUUUGUAGGGAAACUAAACUGAGCGAUUUUAAAAAUUAUUUCCUGGCAUCGCUUGACGACAGUAAAAUAAUACAACAAUUUAAGGUAAUAUCAAAAUUUAGAGAUCGUAGUUGUACCCGAGAAAUGGAAAAUUUCGACUUUGAAAAUCAUUCACCUCGUAAGGAGUAUAAUGAAACUACAGCGAUGAAUAACGAAAGAAGACAUUUAAAUGCAAACUACAUAAACAGUUACGAUAUGCCAAAAGCAUUCCUUGUUACCGAACCACCUCUAGAAUCCACACUGCACGAUUUCUGGUCCGUGGUAUGCCAAGAAAACGUCAAAACUAUUAUUAUGUUAACUAAAUUAGAAGAAAAUGGAUGCCUUAAGUGCGAAAAGUACUGGCCAGAUGAGCAUUCACACUUCAGAUUUGGAAAAUUUUUAAUUAGAAGUGUUUCCGUGAAAGUAAAAUCUGACUACGUUCAACAAAUUCUGGAAGUAAAAUAUGAUAAUGAAACUCGAGUGGUUCGCCAUUUUCAAUAUAUGACUUGGUCUAAUCGAAAUGUGCCUCAAUCUGUUACGAAUUUUACUUCUUUUGUGACAGAAUUAAUGGAAGAUCGUGAUCAGUACCCAUUUGUUGUGCACUGCGAUGGAAAACGGGGAAGAACAGGAAUAUAUAUUUUGUGCGAGGUGGCUCUAAGAAUGAGCAUUCAAGAAGGAAAAGUAGAUUUUUUAAAAACUUGUAAAGAAAUAAAUCAACCUGCUGGGUUAAUAAGUCACUUGGAACAAUAUAUUUUCUGUCAUUUUGUGAUGUUGUAAUACCACUUCGGAGAAGACUUUGGUGCUUCUAACGGAAGAACUUAUUUUAUGUUUAAAAUACAGGAUGCCAUGCAGGAAUCUUCUUUACAACGUUUGGUGGAUGACCUGGAAACGGUUACAAAGCAGUACCACACAACUGUCAAAAAAAGCUACUUUAGAAAUUUAUUAGACAGUAGAUCAAACUUUGACCCCAUUACCGUGGACAGUUUUAAUUACCCCAAGAGAUUUGUAGUAACCAAACAGCCUUCACUGAAUAGAGUUGAAUAUUUUUGGAAUCUAGUUAUGAGCUAUGACGAAGUUGAAAUGAUAGUAUCUUUAAACCAAAAAGACGACAAAGGCAAGGAUUGUCCAAGGUUUUGGCCUACAGAUCCUCGACAAAACUGGUCCUUAGGUGAAUCCUGUAAACUGACUUUUCUGAGUGAAGACAAUAAUACUGAUGUAUUUGACAUCUUUACCAUGAAAAUUCACAAUACGAGUAACAAUGAUGAGAAGAUAGUAAAAAUUAUAAAUAUCAAAACCUGGGAUGGUACCAGUGUUAGACCUUUAAAUAUCAAAGAUUUAAUUUAUGUUUGGGACAAAACUAUACUCUACAGUGGACAAAUUAUUGUCACCUGCUAUGAUGGAAAAACAGCCAGUGGCCUUUUUGUGGCUUUGGCCUAUUUAUUGGAAAAAAUCAACACUGAUCGUUGUUGUAACGUUUUUAACGUCGCCAGGAGUGUGAAGCAAAGUUGUCCACAUUUCCUUAAAAAUCCUGAACAAAUUAAACUUCUCUACGAAGCAGCUUUAGAAUAUGUCCGAGAAUUUACUCUUUAUGAAAUUGUAGUUUAGCUUAUGUACUUUUUGUUUAAUAACUGCGAAUGAAAAUUUUUUACGAUUA